AUGUACAAUGCUGGUUACGCGCGCCAGCGACCAGGCUGGAAGCCACCUCUCAACGACGAGCAGAAGCGCGAGCGUUUGGAGUGGGCGCUUGCCCACAACCCUGAUAAAUACGAGUAUAGAGAUACUCGCAUUGGUGAGGAGCGCGGCAUGCAGAGGGUAUAG